AUGAAGUGCGACGAAUUUUAUGCUAAAGAAUUUGAAGGAAUAGCAAAAAAAAUUACCGGUUGUCCACAAACAAUCCACUCACUUCAUGCCCAAACUACGAGACUUUGUGGAUGUGUAGUGCUCCAAAAAAAUUCAAGUAAUGGAAUAUCAGAAAGAUAUCACAUCUUAAAUACAGGAAUGAAGGGAUCCGAUUGCUUUAUAUGUCAUUUGACAAAUUUUGGAAAGGGAGUUAUGUCGCUCUACUUCAUCAGCUCUUUCUUUAAUGAUGAUAAGAGGUUAAAGAGAAAUAAUUUGGGUACAAGAAUGCACAUUGGUAGACCAAAUUGUGCAGUUUAUGCAAAGGGUGAAGGAGGUUUCAUUCUUUCAUGCACUACCAAAAAAUAUGUUGGUGAGUUGUCUUAG